UGCCACAGUCUAGUAGUAGAAAUCAAACUCAGAGUAUCUUCUCACUGUAACUCAACUGAGCUGACAUCUGUCAACAUGCCCAGCAACUGCAGAAGUUUCUCCUCCAGCUCCCUUGGGAGUGGCCUGCGGUACCCAGUCUCCAGCAACUUGGUCUACAGCACUGACCUCUGCUCUCCCAGUACCUGCCAACUGGGCUCCUCUCUCUACUCGGGCUGCCAGGAGACUUGCUGCAAACCCAUCCAGUGCCAGACUUCCUGUGUGAUGUCCAGUCCCUGCCAAACCUCUUACUACCUCCCAAGAUCCUUCAUCUGCACACUCUUCAGUCCUCGCUGGCCAACUCACACUGGGUCUCUGGGCUGUGGUUCCAGUAGCAGUUGUACUCUGGGCUAUGGAUCCAGAAGUGGCUACUCACUGGGCUGUGGAUCUCAUGGCUUUAGAGCCCUGGGUUAUGGUGUCUAUGGCUUCCCAUCCCUGAGAUGGAGAUCCAGAUUCUGCUCCCCUUCCUAUACUGGUUUUCAGAAUCUCCAGCCAUCUUGCUACCAGCCAAUCUAUGGAUGUGGCUUCAACAGAUCAACUUGCUAAGAAUGUUGACAAUUGAAUUAUCCCAAGCAAGAACUGUCUGCAUGAGGUACUUCCAAAGUCUAAUUGUGCACCAGUUCAAUGUCCAUACAGCCCAACUUACAGAUUUGUUUUUGCAGAAUGUAAAACCACGCAACUGAUUUAAAUGUCAAAUCAAUUAGCUGGAAUUCUGAUGGACUUCAUUCAUCUAGCAGAUAUCUGUCAAAAAUUAAGAAAAUACAAUUUUCUUAAAUAAAUAAAGAAAUAUACUUAUUCUGGCAUCUUUAA